UCAACAGCUAUGGUGUGACCUUUGACCGUGAACCCGUGAACUUAUGGCGUGGAGAACAGAUGAUUUUAUACACAAGUUUUACGGUACUUUGGUGAGGGCUCAGUAGUCUUUGAGUUCAAGAAAAUAUAAGUCUGAUAGUUGUAUUUUGUGAAGGGUCGAACAUUCUAAGACGUAUAAAAGUAAGACUUAGUUAAGUACAAGAAUUUGGAGAUGCCACAUGAACAUUCAUCAUGCGAAAAAAAGUUGGAAAUUCUCUCUUAUUUGCCAGAACUAACUGGAAAAACAGCUGUCCAUUUUAUUGGAAAUGACAAAUGUUUUACUAAAGAGUUGGCCAAGCUCGCUAGCAAACUGAUUGCAGUUGUAAAUGAUUCACCUGCCGAGCCUGAAAAAGAAAAUUCAAUUGAAUUUAUCACAUCUGAGCUAAACAAACUAGAUUUGGGUGUAGAAAGUGUAGACUUCAUCUAUUGCAACUCACUGCUGACAAACCUUGAUGACAACGAAGUCCAAGACUUGUUCAGGAAAUCUAUUCAGUGGCUGAAAAUUGGUGGAGCUGUGUUUUUUAAAGAGUCUUGUAGACAAUCAGAAACUGAGAACACAGGCUCAGAGAAGUUGAGAGAUGCUGAAGUGUAUGAGGCCUUUUAUUCUUCUGUCACUGCACAAUGUGAUUCAGAUAGUUUUUACGGAUUUGAUCUGAUUCUAUCCAAAUCCAUUGAUUCAUGUUCAGAGAAAAAUAAUGAUAGCAACGAAAUGAUUUGGUUAAUUGAGAAAGUCAAGAAAGAUAACUCUCAAAAUCAUGGAUUUAAAAGUUUUAAAGAGUUCCUUGACAACCAGCAGUAUUCCAGCAGAGGUAUUCUUCUCUAUGAGAAGAUAUUUGGUAGAACAUUUGUAAGCACAGGUGGCAUAGAAACAACAAAAGAGUUUGUAGCUCUUUUAGACUUACAGAAAGGACAGAAAGUUCUUGAUGUUGGAGGAGGAAUUGGUGGUGGUGCUUUUUACAUGGCCAAGACAUUUGGAGUAAAAGUAACAAGUGUUGACCUGUCAUCCAACAUGACACAGAUUGGUCUAGCAAGAGCAAAGGAAGUUGGGUGUGGUUCUGAUGAAGUCGUGUUUGAAAUAGCUGAUGCCACAAAGAGAGAAUACCCAGCCGCCUCAUAUGAUGUUGUGUAUAGUCGUGAUGUUAUCCUUCAUAUCCCAGACAAAUUAUCUCUGUUUAAGAAAUUUUUUAAAUUUUUAAAACCAGGAGGAAAAGUUCUUAUUUCUGACUACUGCUGCAGUCCUGAUGAACAUUCUGAAAAAUUUAAAACCUACGUGAAACAAAGAGGGUACAAUCUACUUUCUCCUGCAGCCUAUGGAAAAGUACUAGAAGAGGCUGGUUUUGUAAACGUAAGAGCAGAAGACAGAACUCAACAGUUUGCUGAUAUUUUAAAAGUUGAAAUUGCAAGAACAGAGAGCAUUAAGGAUGAAUUUAUAGCAGAGUUUAAUGAAGAUGGGUACAAGUACAUUGUAGAUGGCUGGAAGGAAAAACUAGGUCGAGUAGAACUUGGGGACCAGAGAUGGGGACUUUUUUAUGCUGAGAAACCAUAGAUGCCUUUCCCAAUUCAGGGGAAGUAACUUCACCAAAUACAAUCUAUGAAAAACUCAAUUUUUUUUUUUCUUCAUUCAUAAUGUACUAUUUUGAUGUAUAGACCUAAUAAAGAUAUAAAAUAAGAAGGCCAUGAGAUUUAUUAAUUUAGAAUUAUGAGAAAAAAAUACUGAUCACAUGCUCACUCAAAACAAAUGUCAGGAAUAUAAAAAUAUUUUUAUUUGCGCAGUGAUGAGUAUGUAAAAAAUCCAUGGGUGAAUUAUUUACAUUUGUAAAGAUACAUUCAAAACAUUCUCUAAAACAGUGAUCAAUGUUUAUGUGAUGAAUUUCUAAGCAGGAACACAUCAUAAUGCACAAACUAAAAUCUGAUGAUUUGAACUUUAGGUAAUUCAAUAUUUAUUGACAUAUGACUGGUUGCUAUAUUACACACUGUAUAACAUUUAAGUACUACAGCUUUUUAUCCUAAAUCUACAGUUUAAAUAAUUUUACAAUAAAAGUAACUAGGGCAUUAUAAUUCAAU